CUCGCCCAAUACACGAUGUAUUCUCUCCGGCGCCUCUCGCUGCAAUCCAUUAGCCAAGCAGCAGAAAAGGGCCCCCUGUACUCCAAAACUUUGCUUUUGCCCCGGACCUCAUUCACGCCAAAAUUGCCUUCUGCUGAGGAACGAACUCGUCUACUUCAAAAGACUGGCAGAGACUUAUACCUUUGGCAGAGAAACAGGAAGGAUGCCGCUGAUGACUUCGUGCUACAUGAUGGCCCCCCUUAUGCAAAUGGGGAUUUGCACUUGGGCCACUCGCUCAAUAAGAUUUUGAAAGACAUCAUCAACCGGUUCGAGUUGAUCCACAAUGACUCACGAGUAAACUAUGUGCCUGGUUGGGACUGCCACGGUCUCCCUAUCGAGAAAAAAGCGGUGGGGAAUGACGAAAAUCUCGAUGCUCUCGAGAUCCGGAGGCGAUGCAGAGACCUUGCCCAAAGCAUGAUUGAAAAACAGAAAUUGCAGUUCAGCGAUUUUGCGAUCAUGACAGAUUUGGAUGAUAUCUACGUCACAAUGUCUCAUGACUACGAGAAGGCACAGCUUCAAAUAUUUCUCAAGCUCAUGAGAAACGGCCUUUUGUCCAGGCAGCUCAAGCCUGUUUGGUGGGGCUGCGAGAACCAGACCGCGUUGGCUGAAGCCGAGUUGAGCUACAAUCCCAACCACGAAUCUGUUAGCAUAUACGUCAUGUUCCCUCUUGAGAACUCGGAGCUUGUGUCCAAACUUGGAGGCGAUGUCAGUCUUUUGAUAUGGACUUCCACUCCAUGGACAAUUCCUGCUAACAAAGCCGUGUGUAUCAACAGAGCCAUAUCUUAUACAACACUCCAAGAUUCUGUAAGCGGCCGAAAAGUUUUGGUGGCAAACGAGCUUGCAGAUUCAGUCCUAAAGCUUGAUCAAAAUUUCGUUAAAACGAAUGAUGUUGUGAGCGGCGCGGAACUCGAAGGUUUGCUGUAUACAAAUGCCAGUUCCAAGUCAGACAAGAAAUUUCCCGUUCUCCAUGGUGAUCACGUUACAUCAUCUGCCGGUACCGGAAUUGUUCACAAUGCUCCGGCCCACGGUAUGGAGGAUUAUUUGAUUGGAAAAAAGCACGGUCUCACUAUCGCCUCUGUUGUAAAUGGGAAAGGCCAUUACAUUCAAAACCACCUUCCGCCAGGAUUCCAUGAGCUUUCCGACAAGCACAUCCAGUCCAACAAAACAAUCAAAAGAGUCAUUGAGAUUCUCGAGGAAAGCAAGAUGUUAUUCAAGGGCACCCACAAGUAUAAACACUCGUACCCUUAUGACUGGAAAUCGAAUGCUCCAGUCAUUCAGAGAGCUACACCACAGUGGUUUGUGAAUGUGGACAGAAUCAAGCAAACUGCAUUGGAGCUGUUGGAGGAUGUAACUUUUGUUCCAGAGAGUGGCAGAAACAGGCUCUCAGCAUUUGUGAAAAACAGAAACGAGUGGUGCAUUUCGAGACAAAGGGCUUGGGGUGUACCCUUACCGAUUGUGUACAACAAGGAAACCAAUGAACCUUUAGAAGAUGUUGAAGUCACCAAAACAAUUGUGGAGAGACUCGGUGUUCUUGGUACUGAUCAAUGGUUCGUCCCCGAGGAGAACAUUUCCAGAUGGCUUCCAGAUCAUAUCAAUGGCUCGGAAUAUUACAAAGGUAAAGACACAAUGGAUGUUUGGUUUGACUCGGGAACUUCGUGGUCCACAUUGAUCAAUUUGGAUGGGAGGGCUUCCAAGAAGCACUUGGCUGAUGUUUACAUUGAAGGAAGUGACCAACACCGUGGAUGGUUUCAGUCGUCUCUUCUCAACAAAAUCAUUGCUUCGGGAGACGGUGAAACUUUUCAAGCUGUGGCUCCCUAUAAAAAGAUCAUUACCCAUGGAUUUACUUUAGACAAAGAAAAUGACAAGAUGUCAAAAUCAAAAGGAAAUGUUAUCGUGCCAUCAGAAAUUGUAUCAGGAGGAAAAAACACCAGUAUACCCACACUUGGGGUCGAUGGUUUACGCCUUUGGGUUGCUUCGUCUAACUACACUCAAGACGUGAGUGUAAGCUCAGAAGUACUAAGAAGAGUACUCGAGAACGUAAAAAAGCUCAGGGUCACUUUCAAAUUUAUCCUUGGAAAUUUGCAGAAUUUUGAUGCGCCUGUUGAGCACGAAUUGCUCAGCCCUCUCGACAAGUGGGCUCUCUCCCGCCUAUACAAACUAGAGCUUUCGGUCAUCGAAGCGUAUCAAAACCAUAACUACUCUAAAGUAGUGAGAGAGAUCAAUGCACACAUGUCAAGUGAGUUGAGUGCAAUAUAUUUUGAUGUUUGCAAAGAUUGUCUCUACACUCACGCAAAAGAUUCACUUCGAAGAAGAGGAAUCCAGACAGUGUUAUUGCAGACUUUGAAAACUUAUAUCGGUCUUUUAGCACCCAUUCAACCUCUUUUGGCUCAAGAAGCAUGGGACGCUCUCAGCGAUCAACAUAAACCUGCACUUACCACAUCUCCGUUUAUGGCCUCUUGGACCUACUUUGCAACUCCUGCAAAGUAUCACGAUUCGUCGAUUGAGAAUGAGAUGCAAAUUAUUUGGGCCAUUCGUGAAUCUCUCUCACGGACAUUCGAGAACCUUAGGCUGCACGGAAAAUUCAAGAAUAAGCUCGAAGCAACAGUCUCCUUAUAUCUCAGCGACGAUCUUGCUAAAGUGUUGAGGAAUCACAAAGAAUAUUUGGAAGACUACUUUUUGGUUUCUAGUGUCAACCUUUCUGAAAAGAGAGACGAGCUACCCGAAGGGGAUAUCGAAAACAGGUUCUUCGUUGAGCUUCCGGAUCGAAACAUCAUAGGUGUUGUGAGAAAAUCUCCUGCUUGCAAAUGCCCCAGAUGCUGGAAGUACACUGCGAGAAGUCAGAAUGAGGUCUGUGAAAAAUGCGCAGAUGUCAUUUCAUGUAAAUAGAGCGAGAGCGAGAAAUGUGCAUAGUUCGCAACUUGAGAUGGAAAAUUCUUAUGAUACAUUUUUGCGGAAUAAAGUUAAGUGAGCUCAAGAUUGCGCCUGCAAAGGUGCAAACCAACGAGAAAAAAAAGAAUGGCUGCAAAAUCGGAUUCGGAGUGAAAUCAUAGAUUUGUCGGUCAAAGUGACAUUGCAUACUAAAUCACACCAUUUAAAGCGUAAAAAAAGCCAAAUUUUAUACCAACGCGACAUAGCAUACAGGAAAAAUAUGAAGUAUCUGAGCCGCAGCGUGCUCUUAGUGAGGGCUACGGCUCAACGACUUCAUUUAAAUACUCCGCCCAACUGAUAAUUUGAAUAAAUUCACCU